UUGCGGCGGCUCCCGGCCUCUGGCUCCGGCAUUUGGGCGGCUAGUCUUCCCUGCCCGUCAAGAGUUACGGCCCCUGGGACCAGGGCAAGGCCGGGGCUCUGGCCGACAGCGCCUCCCCGUCACCAGUCCCCAAACUUUCCCUUAGCCGAGGCGCCGGCGGGGCGGCCCGGUGGCCGGAAGUGCACUCUGCUUGGGCUCGGCGCCCCUGGCAGCUCCCUCCGUCCCCGAGGGCCUCGCGCCUUCCCAUUUUCCCCACCGACAAACUGAGUCUCGGCCCCCAUCCCGGGCCCACUUGCCCGUCGGAAGUCAGAACGUCGCCGCUUGCGGCGGCGUGGAAGGCGUCGCCUCCGGAGCAGGGAGGACAGGGGCAACCCUUGGAACCAAGUCAGGCAGCGCAGGGGAUGAGGGUGGGCCAGGGGCAGUUUUGCGUUGGCGUCUGGCUUGCCAGGGUUGGAAAAGGCCGCUGGUUAGCGGGCUCCUUGCCCGAGGGUGUGGACCUCUUCCCGCUCGCCUGCCCCUUCCCGCAGUCUUCUUCCCCUCCCGAAGCCAGGCCUAGCGGAGGGUGCAAGUGGCAGGGCUUCCGUUGGGUCCCCUUGGUCUAGGGCUGCGGGGGUGGGGUGGGGGGCGAAGAGGUGUAGACCGGGCCAUCCCUCUAUGGCUUCCGGGGAGACAGCGGCCCUGGCCACGUGAUUGAGGAGCCCAGUGUAAAAUGAAGAUGCCAGGCCUCUUGUUAAGUUCUUGAAAAUUUCACACGGUAAGUGCUGCGCAUUCAGCCAGGCACGGGGCUCCUUGACCCUACUCAGGUCCUGGCUCUGACUUGCUUGCAGGACUGUGGUCUAGGUAAGGGGUUGGGACCCUCCAUCACAAAGGGUGCUUCUUGCUUUUCAUCAUCAGUGUCAUUUGCCUUCUUCAGGGUUUCUGGAUGGAUGUGCAUCACCACCCUAGGAUUGCUCAUCAUCUUCCAGCUUGAAAACCCACCUAUAAUCAUUUGUGGGGGCGUCUUUAAGCACCCAGGUGAACUUGGUCUGCAGGCGGCAGCUGUCCUUUUCAUUGGAUCAUCCGCUGAGUAUCAGAAAGAAUGUUGUGGUUGCCCGUGGCAGAAGAUCCAACCCAAACUGAGCUAGCAAAACCAGUUUCCAACGAAUCUGCUUUGAAAAUUCCAAAGGUGUUGUCAUAUCUGCAUCAUCCAUUGUGGGGUCACCAAGGCAACCUAUUAAUCAUUCUAGAAUCUACCUGUUGAAGACUCCAGAUGAGACUGAGCAACCAUCUUCAGUAAGACCUGUGUGAUGAAGGUUGUGUUGUGAGCCUGCCGGUCGGGCUGAAAGAGUCAGCAACCAACAAAUGAAGAUCCGGGAGUCUGCCUCUCUCAAACCUGUGUGGAUCUAAUCUAACCUCGUGGGAAAGACCUCUGCAUUCCACCAUAGAGAAUUUUUCUUUCUCGUCUUCAUUUCUUUUGAAACACCUGGGGUGAGAAAAAAAACCUCUGCAUUGGCCAAACAGAAGAAACAGAAUCUGUGACUGAAGAGGAUCGGCUAAGAGUGGUUCCUUGCAGCUUAAAGGGAGGGACUUUUCACACUCUGUCUUAAAAUCAGAAGUUGAAUUUGUGAACACGUAUGAUUUAGAUAGAAGUCAUGGGAUGCAACACUUCUUCAACGAGAAUCAAGAAUUCUCAGACAUCACUAAGAGCUGUGUUGAUCAUCCAGAACUGGUUCCGAGGUUACAGAGCUCGACUGAAGGCCAGGCAACAGUAUGCCCUCACCAUCUUCCAGUCCAUCGAAUAUGCUGAUGAACAAGACCAAAUACAGUUAUGCAACUUCUUUACCUUCAUGUUGGAAAACUACAAACAUAUACGUAAGGAAGAGAUAGAAUUAAGUCAACUUACUGAAAGCAAACUGGACAUGAUGGAUAAACAGGAUUAUGUGGACUUGAUAGAUGUCCCAGACUCCUAUCAAGGUCCUCGGCUACAAUUUCCUCUCACUUGUGCUGAUAUUGAUUUACUUCUUGAGGCUUUUAAGGGAAAACAGAUACUUCAUGCCCGUUAUGUCUUAGAGGUGCUAUUUGAAACCAAGAAACUCCUGAAGCAAAUGCCAAAUUUCACUCAAAUACAAACUUCUCCCUCCAAAGAGGUAACAGUCUGCGGUGAUUUGCAUGGGAAACUGGAUGAUCUUUUUUUGAUCUUCUACAAGAAUGGUCUCCCCUCAGGGAGCAACCCAUAUGUUUUUAAUGGUGACUUUGUAGAUCGAGGAAGGAAUUCCAUGGAGGUCCUAAUGAUCCUGUGUGUGAGUUUUCUUGUCUACCCCAAUGACCUGCACUUGAACAGAGGGAACCAUGAAGAUUAUAUGAUGAAUCUGAGGAAAAACAAAACUUACUCAAUCUCUUAUUUACAGAUACAUGGAAAAAAAAUCUUACAAACCUUGGAAGAACUCUAUACCUGGCUCCCAAUUGGUACAAUCAUUGACAAUGAAAUCCUGGUCGUACAUGGUGGGAUAUCAGAGACCACAGACUUGAAUUUACUCCACCGUUUAGAGAGAAACAAAAUGAAAUCUGUGCUGAUGCCACCAAAAGAAAUAAACAAAGACUAUAACACCGACUCGAAGCACAGUAAAUUAGGUGUGACUAUCAGUGCACAUGGGAGAAUCAAAGCAAGUGGAUUGUCUUCUGAACACUUACCAAAGCAUGAAUGGGAACAGGUUAUUGAUAUUCUGUGGAGUGAUCCCAGAGGCAAAAAAGGCUGUUUUCCAAAUACGGGUCGAGGAGGGGGCUGCUAUUUUGGACCAGAUAUUACUUCCAAGAUUCUUAAUAAAUUCCAGUUGAAGAUGAUCAUCAGGUCUCAUGAAUGUAAGCCCGAAGGGUAUGAAAUCUGUCAUGGUGGGAAGGUUGUGACUAUAUUUUCUGCUUCUAAUUAUUACGAAGAAGACAGCAAUCGAGGAGCUUACGUCAAACUAUGUUCUGGUACAAAUCCUCGAUUUUUCCAGUACCAAGUAACUGAUGCAACGUGCUUUCAACCUCUUCACCAAAGAGUGAGUACUAUGGAAAACAGUGCCAUCAAGAUAUUAAGAGAGAGAAUGAUUUCACGAAAAAGUGACCUCAUUCAUGCUUUCCAACAUCAAGACCGCAGAAAAUCAGGAAAACUUCCUGUGAGCCAGUGGGCUUUUUGCAUGGAGAGCAUUUUGGGACUGAACUUACCGUGGAGAUCCCUGAGUUCGAAUCUGGUAAUCAUAGACCAAAAUGGAAACGUUGAAUACAUGUCCAGCUUCCGGAAUAUCCACAUUGAAAAACCUAUAAAAGAGGCUAAUUCUGCUCUAGUUGAAACUCUGUACAGAUACCGAUCUGACCUGGAAAUCAUAUUUAAUGCCAUUGACACUGAUCACUCAGGGCUGAUCUCCAUGGAAGAAUUUCAUGCCAUGUGGAAACUUUUUAGUUCUCACUACAAUCUUCAUAUUGAUAAUUCCCAAGUCAAUAAGAUUGCCAACAUGAUGGACCUGAACAGAGACGGAAGCAUUGACUUUACUGAGUUUUUAAAGGCUUUCUAUGUAGUACAUAAAUAUGAGACUAUGGUGAAACCUGAAGCCACCAACCUUGCUGAACAACACAAAUGAGAGCUUCCCUCAGGCCCGUUGUAAACAGCUGGGCCGAAAUCACAAGCACGGUCCUUUCCAGCACCCCUGAAAUUCAUAGUUGGUAGCAGAGAAAAACAGAUCCCAAUUCAGUCCACAAGCAGAUGCAUAGUAUGGGUUUUGGAAGUCCUUGGCAAGCUGCUAUUGAUAAGAUUAGGUUAAAUGUCAGUAAUAGGAUUUAGGUCCAGCAUUAGUACCCACAUAUUGCCAAUGAGAAACUGGGUUUGAACCUAGUGUUGUUCUCCUGAGUGCCACCUAACCAGCAGCCCAGAGAGGUUUGAGAACAUCUUGAAAGGAACCCGCACAGCACAAGAGAAAACUACUAAGCGCAACAUCUGUGAGUUACAGAGAGACAGGGGAGGAAUACCAGGUCGUUAAUGGAAUAAAGCAUUUCCAUCUUAAACUGU